AUGCACCCAUGGAUGAAGCCGUCAUCUUGGGUCCCCCAGGAAGGGCCCAGGGAGCUGCAAGCAGACUGGGAUCCGGCCACGCCAGGGAGUGAGCUGGGGGUGCCCCCCAACGGGGUCCCUACAACACAGGAAGGGCUGCAGCAGCAGGGCUCAGGGAAAGAGACUGAGGACCAACAGGAGAGCCAGUGGAACCCAGAGGCAAUGGAGGGUCAGGGCCCUGAGAGUCGCCAGGACCCAGAGGGUCAGCCCAUCCCAGGUCGCCUGGCAGCCAAUGAGUCAGACACAGUGCAGCCAACAGAGCCUUACUGCACCUUGGACAGCUGUGAACAGCAACUGGAGGACAAGCCCCCCAAGGAGGUGGACACCCCACCCUUCGGGACACAGGGGGCUCUGCCAGAGCCUGGCCCAGGGGAACGUGAGGACAGUUUCCAGGAAGCAGUGUCCCUAAUGCCUACAGCAACUCUGGAGGAAAAGACAGUUCACACUGACCCACCACCCACGCCAAGACCCAACACACCCAAAGCAAGAGAUGAGGCUGUGGAGAUCCAGCCAGCGCUGGGGCCUGCUCGUCCACCUGAGGCGGUGAACACGGGAGCGAGGGGGCUGGACCUCACUCAGAAGCAGCCUCAAGGGCCCGUGGCAGCCACGUGCACCCGGGACCCUGGCAGCGCCCGGCCUGGCUUCAUGAGGCGCCUGCUGGAGGUGGAGGAGGAGGAGGCCGCACUUCGGAGAGCUGCGAAGGCCCGCACCCUCCCAGGCCGGAGGUGCCCCCGGGCCCUGGGUCCCGUGCCCACCCCAACCCCCAGCCUACCUCCGCCCCUGCCUGUGACCCAGGCCCCGGCCUCAGCCUCUGCCCCGGCCUGGGCGCGGCCGCCCGCCCCCGCGGGGACACCUGGCCCCACUCCAGGGCCUGUUGCCGUCCUGCCGGUGCCCGCGUCGGAUUUGGCCUGGAGAAGGACAGAACUUCUGAGCCACAGCGGGGAGAGGAGCCUGAAGGCACGGCAGGAGCUGGAGGAGCGCUGCCUCCUGAAGGUGUGUCAGACCUGGGAGGAGAGGGCGGAGGAGCACCUCACCAUGAAGCAGGAGGAAGCCUUCCGCAGCUACUUUGAGAUCUUCAACGGUCAUGGUGAGGUGGACGCGCAGAGCCUGCAGAGCAUCCUGCUGCUUGUGGGCAUCUCCCUGACAACGGCCCAGGUGGAGGGUGCCCUGAGGAGCGCUGACAUCGACGGAGAUGGUCACGUGAACUUCAAAGACUUCUUGACUGUGAUGACAGACACCAGGCGCUUCUUCUGCUCUGUAGAACAGAAUGCCCUGAUGGACAUGGCUCCUCCAAACCCCCACACUCUGUUCUUUGAGAUCCUGUCCCUGCUGGUGGAGAUGCUGGCCUUACCCGAAGGAGCUUUAGAAGAGAUCACCAGCUAUUACCAGCGGAAGCUGAAGGAAGGCGCCUGUAAGGCUCAGGAGACAGAAUCGGCCGCAGUGCGGCUGCGGCCCCGGAAGAAGCUUCCCUACAGCCCCCCGCAGGCAGACACCCUGGAAAUCCCUGAACGCAGAGUCCUCAGGGUCCUGAGCCGGCUGAAGCAGCAGAACUACGCUGCCAACCUGCAGAGCCCGUACGCCCAGGUGCCUUGCAUCCCGCUCUGCCCGCGGCUGGACAAGAAGACGGUCCGCCGGAAGCAGGGCGGCCACUACGUGCUGGAGCAGUGCCCCUCCAGUGGCCUGGGCCCCGACACGCACAGCGCCCUCCUGCACACUGGCUCUCAGGGAGGCAGGUGGGUAUCCUGAGGGCACGGCAGGCCCCAGCGCAGGCCCGACAGGCCCCAGCGCAGGCCCAACCACUGCCGCGUGAGAGGGCCUGGGCCUAACCCAAGGGGCAUCUAGCCUUCCAUGGGAGGAUGCAGACACUGCUGUUCCAGGGACGAGAGAGGGGAAAGCACAGAAGAGGGAAGAAACUAGUCUCUGAGAGCCUGUGGGCUGGGCAGAUUGUUCCAGAGUCAGUGUAUGUCUGCCUUUUGGUGCCCAGGACUCCCUGGCACCUCCUGCCCUUCUCACACACAGGUUUAACUCUGAAGUUCUUUGUCUGAGUCUGAUUCUGCUUUUGGAGUAGGAAACCGGCUCAGCAGCCGGGUGGAUGUGAGCUCUGCCUGCAGCGGCCCUCCCUAGGCCUGCUGGGAUGAACUGGAGCAGAGGGUGGUCACCCCCUCCUGACCUUCUCUCCCGCCUCUCCCGCAGGGAACCCGGCCGUCUCAGUUCUGUGCCGGCUCGAACCCACUGACCCUGCCGAGUCCUGACUCUGCCUGUGGACAGACGGGUCAUCGGGCAGGUACUGCUGCUGGAUUUCCCCUUUGCAGCCUGGUAAGCCAAUAAACAAGAACCUCAGCCUCUGUGCCUCUGUGCCACCGGCUCUCAGAGCACAGGGCCUCAGGCUCCCUCAGGCCUCAGAGCCCUGAAGGCAGACUCGCUCUGGAAGCCUGCUGAGGGCCAGGUUUCCUGCUAGUGGUGGCCUGGGUGCAAGCCUUGACCUUCUGUGCACUCUCCAAGCACAGAACGGGAGUGUCCUCAGAUGACUGUCUCCAGGCCUCGGACUAGGAGCCCCGCAAGGGCAGGAACUCGUCCCCCUGCUUGAAGGGAAUGGUGAACAUAAGGGAUGUGCCUGGGAAAGACCGUGGCCUCUCACACAGGAAGACCCCAUGGAAAGGCAGCUGGGGGGGUGGUGGUGCGGAGGCCCCUGGGGGCUGAGAGCCAGGGGUCUCCUUCCCUGGGAGUUGACGGGCGUGGGUGCUCGGCCACCCCAGUCCUGUCCCCAGAGCGCCCCCAGCAGUGAAAUGCAGCCACAGUGAAAGGUGAGAAGGGCAGAGACCGAAAUGAGGACACGGCUUUGACAAGUUUAAAACAUGUAUUUAAAAUACAAUUUAUAAAAUGCCUCAUCUGCCGACUCAGGAGCCCGUGGUGCGGGUGGGGUGGGCAUGCCCGCCGGACCAGCAGAGCAGGACGGCAGGGGACAGGCUCCCUCCUGGCCCCCCCCCCACCCCCUGUUCAGACGCCCGAGGGGCCCGCAUGCAUCCCGGGGGCCACAUGGCCGAAAACAGGACCCCGGAGGCUUCCAGAGUCUCUGCCUACCGGGGAGGCUGGGGUAGCCCUGCCGGCCCGUCCCUGAGCAGAGCGUCCCCAGGCGGGGCGAGCAGGGGAUGGCGGGGCUGGGCAGGGCGGGGCGGGGGCCCUGGAAGGGCUGAAGGGAGCAGAUCGGGUGUUGCCUCCUGCCUGCAGGUGGGGAGCACCCUGACUGAGUGGGCGGAGAAGGGUGGGUCACCAGGCCCAGACCCCCAGCUCCUUUGGUUAUAGGCUGACGUCAGAGUAGUGGCUCAUGGGAAGCGGUUAGCUGGGAGGUCUGAGGCCUGGCUUGGGGGUCAGGGAGGAGCUGGGGAAGGGGACAGAACCACGGAGGCAGAAAGGGGCAGCAGCCUCAGGUUUCUGCCCCCCUCACCCUCCCUGGGGUUUUCCAAGCCAAAGCCUGCAGCUUACUUAAAAAAAAAAAAAAAAA